GACGCUGUGGUCAUUGUUGAUGCAAUAUUGAAUCGGGAAGGAAAUUCAAGAUAAGUUGGAGUCGUGCCAAGCUCCGUGACAUCCUGGUGUUGUGGAUCGCAUUGCCUGCAAAGAUAUUUAUUUAAAAGUCAGCACAUCUUCCAGCUUAUCAUGUAGGUAAGGAACGUCCCAGCAGCUCUCUCGAGGUUCGUGGUUGAGAGUCAAGCGUUUUUUCGCGCCUCUCGUGAAUCGUAACAAGAGUGCAAGCGACCGACUAAUUGAGCUAUUUCACGAUGGUUCGCUCUACUUCCCUUCAUGCCCUCACUUGCCUCGCUGCUGGGUUUUCUAGUUUAGUUUUGGCCGGGGAUUCAUUAUACAGCAAGCGCUUUUCAAAGCGUUUCAUUGACUCAGAUGGAAAUUACAAUAUUUCCUUCUACCACGUGAACGACGUCCACGCGCAUCUUGACCAGUUCGCUUCGGCAGGUACUGAUUGCACAGACCCGACGAAAGGGUGCUAUGGUGGUUACGCUCGCAUCAAGACAGUUGUUGAGGAUACACGACCAGAACACAAUGACAGCUUGUGGCUAGAUGUAGGCGAUGAGUUCCAGGGUACCCUAUUUUACACAUACUAUGGCGGGGAAAAGAUCGCCGAGACCCUCAACCAGAUGGGAAUGGAUGCUAUGACCUUGGGAAACCACGAAUUCGAUGGCGGUGAUGACAAGCUUGGCGAUUUCCUGAAAAACUUGACAUUCCCGAUCGUCUCUGCGAAUAUCGUCUCCAAUAAUGAGAAGCUCAACUCCACUAUUAAGCCAUAUCACAUCUUCGAGAAAUAUCAGCUGGCAAUCAUUGGUGUAACGACCGAGACGACAGCCGGUAUCAGCAAGCCGGGCAAGGGCACUCAAUUCACCGACGCGAUCGCAGCCGUGCAGGCUUCAAUUGAUGAGAUUCGAAGCACGACGAAUAUUACUCGUAUCGCAGCUAUCACGCAUAUCGGCUAUGAGCAAGACAAAAUUCUUGCACAGAAGACUACCGGUCUUCAGCUUAUUAUGGGAGGUCACAGUCAUACGCUUCUCGGUGAUAUGGAGGGUGCCGAGGGCAAGUAUCCUACUAUUGAGACCAACCAGGAUGGCGAUGAAGUCUUCAUUGUUACAGCCUACCGAUGGGGCGAGUACCUAGGCUACAUCGACGUCACAUACGAUCCGCAGGGCAAAAUCCUCGCCUACCACGGCGCUCCAAUCCACCUAACGAACACGACCAAGCAAGAUGAGGAUCUCCAGGCCCAAAUUGAUGAAUGGAGGAAACCAUUCGCGGCAUUUGCAGCCGAAAAGGUCGGUACCACAAACAUCGUGCUUGACCAAUCUACUUGCCAGAAGCAGGAAUGCACUCUUGGUGACUUAAUAACCGAUGCAAUUCUCCAAUACCGUCUUGAUGGUGGCAGCGAUGCCGCCUUUGCCCUUGUGAACGCAGGCGGUAUCCGUGCGACUAUCGAUGCUGGCACUGUUACGCGUGGGCAAGUUCUUACAUCUUUCCCAUUCGGAAACGCCGUCGUCGAAGUUAAAUACAGCGGCCAAGACUUAUGGAAGAUCUUCGAAGGUCUCGUUAGUAAGAUCAACCAGUUCAACCAAAAGGCUGUUACCAGUUUCUUCCAAGUUAGCCGGGGAAUCAAGGUCGAAUACAACCCCGAUAACGCCAUUGGUCAACGUCUAGUCCGUCUCACAAUCGGCGACAAGCCAGUUGACACAUCAGCCCUAUACACGAUCGUGACGGCGGAUUUCCUGACGGGUGGAGGUGACAACAUCCUAGAGCAGAUCCAAGAUGUUGUUGUCCUUGACACUAUGGAGGAGGUAUUGGUUAAACAUAUAAAUAAGACGAGCCCAAUUGACUUUCAGCUCGAAGGGCGGAUUGCAAUUGUUCAAGGUAGCGCGGACGGAAAUGGUAGUGCUAACGGUACAAUCCCAAGUGGUGCUGGGCGAGUAAGCGACGUGGGUUCGUCGGUUUCCCUUUUAAUAUUCACGGCUUUCCUAGCCGUUGUAGUAUCAGCAUAAUGGUACGAUGGUAUAUAUAGAGGAUAGACUGGGGAAUUAAAUAAAGAUACGAAUCAAAAAUGGGUUUCGUUUAGGGAGGGUAUGCGAAGUACCUAUAUAUAUGGGUGUUUAUAGGGCAGUUGCCUUCCAAACGAACAUUGAAUGCUUCCUAGGAAAUGUUUAAGGUUCCUCGUACCUUCCUCAUAUCCGGUGGAUGUUUCUAAUACCCCCAUUCAUUUCCUCCUAACUCCCCGUCCCUUCCUGCACACUCGUCCAUCGUCGCAUCAUUUCACCAGCAAUCAAGUAACCUGCAUUUUUAUUCCUGUCAUGAUGUCUCAUCAAAACAUUACCACGCCACAUAGUGAGGCAAUUCAGGAAGGUCGAGUGGUGUACUUAGGAUGGAUUGGACGGGAUCAAUCUAAAGAAAGUGUUGUCGUGGUUGUUCAGGAUAAAGGGUUUCGGCAAUAUACUUUCUAUUGGCGAUUUUUUGAAGAUACUCGACCAGAAGAACAUAAUGGUUGGUGCCACAUCGAAUUCGCAGACCUA